CGUAUGUAACGUUAAGAAUAUAAUGAAUUUUACUAGGUCAUAAAUCUAAACAUAUCAUUGUCUUUUUUGUGUUUGUUUUUUACACAAGUUGAAAAUACGCCGACUCGAAAAUUAUUUUGAUAAUUGACUCCAUGACACUAAUUAGAAGUUUCUCACAUAUUUCGUAGCUAUAGGACAUUAAAAGAUAUUUAUCUUAGAUCUUAUGUAUUGUAUCCUCGAUAAAAAAAAUCUGAAAUUAUGAUAAAUCUUAUCAGAUUUCGUAUUUCCCUUCAUGUAUCUUUUUAAUUUCCCCGGGCGAAUCUGAUUGGUCAAUUGAUCUGUUGCUAAUCUCUGAUUGGCUGGCGUGUAACUCGGACAUUACUAAAUGCGGCGUGUUAUACUUCAAGCUGUCAAAGCAUAAUAAUUAACGUGAAGUCAUAGCAUAAAUGGAGUAGCAUUUUCAAAAUGGGAUGUUUAUAUAAUAAAGUGAAGUGAACAUGUAUACAAUGUGGAAAUUAAGUGAUAUCUGUUGUGUUUUUGUAAUUUUUAUUUUGCGGAUAAAUGGAGUAGUUUCCCAAUCUUUAUAUGGAUGUCCUCUGGGCUGGGAAUUCUCGGACGGCAAAUGUUACCUUUUUGUGACGGAUGCGCCACUAUUCUACGAGGAAGCGGAUGCGGAUUGUUGGCAUAGAGGCGCAGCCUUAUUGAGUGUCAAUAGUUACACGGAACAUCAGUUUAUAUCAGACUUUCUGGCUCUACAUGAUUUCAAACUUGCCAAUUUCUUUACGAGCGGCUACUUCUUUAAUGGCGUCCUGGUCUGGGACUCCGACAACAAAGUGGACACUUCCGGUGCCGCGUACUGGGUCACGGGGAAUCCCCCUGCACGAGGGAAUCCAUACACAAGAAUCGCUUACGUCAGAGGUGACAGAACAGGUACGGGGUACGUCAUGUACGGCUGGAACGUAGUCCCCCACAGUCAGAAGUCCAACUACAUCUGUGAGAUGACACAGGAAGACGCGCAGAACACGCGCAUUGAGGGGAGAGACUCCACGUUCGGCCUUGACCCCAUUGAGAUGCGGGACGUCGAGGUGGGGCCCCACAUCACGGACGAGCCCGGCGAUAUGCUGGUAUUUGAGGGAACACCCAGUACUUACAUUGAGUGCAAGUCGAAGGGAAACCCCAAUCCAAAAUACUCUUGGUUGAAAGAUGGAUCCACGGAAGUGACGUCAUUACUCAGCAGCAGGUAUACCAUUACGGGCGGACGGAUGACAGUGUCUAACCCAGAUGAACAGAAAGAUCAGGGGUCCUAUCAGUGUUCAGUCGAGAACAAGUUUGGCAAGAUCCUGUCCAACCCCGCUAAAUUACAGUUUGGGUAUCUACAGAAGUUUUCGCCCGUCCCCCCAGACGAUGCACGCGCCAAGGAGAGAGAGGGUUACAGGAUUUCUUGUCUGCAACCUUCGUACUUCCCAGAGGUACGGUUCAGCUGGUUUCGUAAUGGCACUAGUGAGCCCAUGUUUGAGAACCUUCCGAACAUCUUCGUGUCCAACAGUGGCUACCUGUAUUUCUCGGACGUCCAGGAGACUGACAACAAGAAGUACACAUGCGUAGUUACACUGGCCGCCAGUUCCGGAAUGCAGACGUCAAUCAACCAGCCACCCAGUAUCGUCAGUCUCGGCGUUUGGCUUAGGGUUGCGGAAAAUGAGCCUGGAAAUAUAAAGCCCGAGAUCUACACCCACACCUUCCCUUCCCCCUCCGUGCGAGGGGCGACAAUUAGGGUCGAGUGUGUUGCAUACGGAACUGUACCAAUUGAGUACUCAUGGCGACGAUCAGACGGCCGGAACUUCGAGACCGGCACGACGAUAACCGAUCAUAACCGAGUAAUGACGAUUACUAACGCCCAGCUUAGCGCAGAGGGUAACUACAUAUGUACGGCGAACGGCAGAGGAGGCGUCACGAACAAGGUCAUCACGCUGAGCAUGGAAGCACGCCCCUAUUUCCCGUACACAAUCGGUGAUAAAAUGGCGGACCCCGAGAAGACUUUAAAAUGGCGCUGCAAGGCUGUUGCUCGGCCUGCUGCAACCUACGCGUGGUACAAAGAUGGGGUCCUGGUCCAAGGCAUCAUGGGAGAGAUCGAGAUACGGCGAAACUAUCUCAUCAUACAUAAGGUGGACAAGGCGAGGGAUGAAGGCAUGUACCAGUGUGGAGCCACCAACGUCCACGGCACAACCUUCAGCUAUGGUCAACUCAAGGUUCUCCGUUUUGCUCCAACUUUUGCUCGUCGACCGAUCCCGCCGACUGUCAUGCUCCCCAACGGCGGAAACUUCACCAUCCGCUGUGACGUCGAGGCAGCUCCCGUCCCGGAGGUACGCUGGUCAAAGAACGGAGGUGACAUAGCGACAGUUACGGGUGACUUGUCGGGCCAUGUCGGUAUGACGAUUGACUACGCCCUCGUGUUUAAAAACAUCCAGCCCUCGGACGCUGGGCAGUAUACAUGUCACGCUUCCAACAGCGAAGGCGAGGCGUCGAUGUCGACAGCUGUCUCUGUAAUCGAGGGGAUCGUGAUAUCGCGGCCACCAGCAGCCACACAGGUCAUGGUGAACAGGACAGCGUUUAUGUAUUGCCAAGCGGGUUAUAACAACCGUAUGUUUGACGUCACCUACCAAUGGAAACUUAACGGGCAUAUCCUCAACUUCACCCUCUCUGAUGGCCACUAUGAGCAGAGGUCCCGAGAAGAUAGCGAGGGUUUAUACAUCAUCAACGCCCAGUUCCAACACCAUGGCGAAUACGAAUGCCUCGCAAAGACCACCAUACAUACCGUCUCCGCUGUCGCCACACUGAAGGUCUACGGUCCCCCUGGUCCUCCUGCGGGUGUUUACAUCAAGCUUGGAUCUGUGACGUCGGUCAGCGCUACCGUAGUUUGGUCCGUCGGACCAGCAAUGGGACACUUCGGGGACAUAUUAGGCUAUGAUAUCGAGGCCGAGUUGUCCAUGAUCCGGCCGAACCGCUGGGUGAAUGUUAUGGCAGAUGUGGCAGAGUUUGCCGCAGUAAAGGACGCCGCAGAUCUCGGGCUUAGAGAGGACCAACGGGCCGUCGUUGUGGAGUCACUACUACCGGAUGUGACCUACAGCUUCCGGGUCCGUGCGUUUAACGUGUAUGGCCGAGGACAAGAAGCCAGCAUGCCCUCUGUGCGUAUAAAGACCGCUUCUACUAUUCCUGUUGUGGCUCCACGGAAUGUUCGAGGGUUUGACGAGGGGAAGGUCGGAACGCUCAACAUUGUCUGGGAUCCCCUGGACAUCUCCGAAUACGCUGGCCCUAACCUCGGUUAUAAUGUAUACUUUAAGCGGCAGGGUUCACAAAAAGAUUGGAAACUGGUAAAGGUUGCAGACCCACGGGCGAGUAUGUUUACUACUGAAGUAGGCGUGGAAAAUUAUUACCUCGAGUAUGAGGUCAUGGUCGGCGUGUAUAAUGGAAACGGGGAGGGGCCAAACUCGACAGACACCGUUAUCAUGUCAGCCGAAGGCAUGCCGAUAGCGACAGUGUUGAUGGGCGACUGUGAUAACUACAACGGUACGGCCUUCUCCAUGUCGUGGACGCCCGUGGAGGACACGAGGGAAAAACUGAAAGGAAGGCUCAAGGGAUACAGGAUCCGUUACUGGCAUAUUGACAACCCGGAGUUCGUUAUUUGGUUCGACUUGUAUGGACAACACGAUAACACCGUUAUAAUCGGCCUUAUGGACAACUCGAACUACUGGUCAUCCGUACAGGUGGUCAACUAUGCGGGUGUAGGCCCGGUCGGGGAGAUACGAUUGGCGGAAACAUACCAUUUACCGCCCCAGGACUAUCCUCGCCAUGUGAAGGUGAUGGCGCACUCAGACCACUCUGUGAGCGUCCACUGGCAACAGGUGAUGACCAGCUGGGACGAAGAGACGAUCCAAGGAUAUAUUCUGCGAGUGUGGAAAAUCCAAGAGGACAUCCGGACGGCGAACGACACAAAAGUGGAAGUGGUGGACGAAGCCAUUUUAGGGGGCCUCCAGAAGAAGACCGUCUAUGUCCUGCGGGUAUUGGGCUAUUCCAUUGGCGGGGAGGGCAGCCUGAGUCCGCAUGUAUACUUUACUGUGGAAGGCGAGGCCGUUCCGUUUGAUCCGACGACUACGAGGUUUUGCUACGACCACUACAUGUGUCCUGACGGGGCGUCGUCCACUGGCGUUUCCAUAGUUACUGUUCUUCUACUAGCUGCUAUCAGCAUUGUGUUCAACAGUUUGGGACGAUAACGCUAAAAAUACAUUUUAACAAGUUAACCCAAUACUUUAACCCAAGUACUCCAAAGCAUUUCCUUCUAUUAGAAGAUCCAGAACUUGAGAAUGUAACCAUAAGCCUUUGUGCUGUUCCCAUAGACCAACAUGUUCAACAGAGUUAUUUGAGUUAUCAUUUGUUGUUUGACUCAUAUUGAGACAUUUACGAUGCUAACUUUCUUAGUGUUAAGCGCGAAAUGCCUCUACACUAACCAGCGCGCAUGGACGGGAUACCAAUUAGCCCAAUGAUGUACUAAAUGUACAUAUUAUCAAAGGGAUGUUUCUCUCUACAUUAAAUCAUGUUCUAUUUACAGUAAGUACGUGUUCCAUCUGCAGUAAAAAUGUGUUCUAUCUACAGUUAAAAUGUGUGCUAUGUAUUGCAGUUUAGACUUGUAAAUAGUUUGUAUCUUUUUGUAUAGCCGUUUGUUGUUUAUAAUGCACAAAAUCAUACAGAAAAAAAUCAUAAAGAUUUCUGUGUAAAUUAUUUUACAUGAACUCGUUUAUGAACGUUAACUCACCCAUACAUCUGUAAGUAACAUUAUGUACAGUGUAAUAUGUUAAUACAUGUUUCAAUUCAAUAUGCUCCAAUUAUAAAUAUGGUUCACACAAAUGGAAUCUCAGACUGUGCAUUUUUGUGCAUGUGGAGUGUAAGACGUUUUCUUAUUAUUUUGAUGAACCAUUCCGAAUGAAUCUCCGCUGAUGGAACGAUAUUUAGUGAAAAGCAAAAAAAAAAAAAUGCUAAUUACUCAUACAUGUAAAUAUCAAACAAGUUCAGGGGCUGUAUUCAAUUACAACAAGAUUUUACUCAAUUUUAAAAUUAGAAAUCCGAGUGUUUUGAUUGGACAGUGAAAAAAUAUUUUUACCAAUGGACUGAAUGGAAUCACUGCAUAAUGCGUGUCUAAGGUCAAGGAUAAUAACCGCGGUAUUUUGGGUACAACAUUACUCGUUUGGCGAACCAUCAACUGGUGGGGGUAAAACCCCCCUUCAUUUUUCUAAGUCACACUUGCAGAUGUGACGGGGUCAAACAAUAAUGCAGCAAUUAUAGAGAGAGGACUGACCUUUAUAAACUAAACAAUAACAACAACAACAACAACAACGAUAUUGAAUACGGCCCCUGUUUGACGACAGAAAACUUAUCUCAGUUCUGAUCGUUCAAAUAGGCUAAGACACAUUUAAUAACUAGUUUGUUUAGUGUUUUCCUACCGCAAUUACGGUGUGGUCGGGUAUGUAGUUUUUAACAUUAUAACCCCCUAAUUCCGUAAUGACAGUCGAAAACAAAAUUAUGGCCACCGGAGGGGCCGAAACUACUCUUUCAUGAGUCAUUUUGGAAACGCUAAACAAGUAGUUUAUUAAUCAUGGCCUGAGUUUUUUUUUGUAGUUUUGCGAGGAAUCGCACCUUUUCCUCUUUCAUCAUACAUUCCUGCACAGAUUUUGCAUUUCCGUAUAUUUUUAACCAUAUAUUUUGAUAAAUAAAGUUUUCAAUUGA